GAUGUGGACAAUGCUGCCCUCGCCAGACUGGAUCUGGAGCGAAAGGUUGAGUCACUCCAGGACGAAAUCAACUUCCUCAAGAAGCUGCAUGAUGAGGAAAUGCUGGAGCUGCAGAACCAGAUCCAGCAGCAGCAGCAUGUGCAGGUGGACAUGGAGAUGGCUAAACCUGACCUGACAGCUGCUCUGAGGGAUGUCCGUCUGCAGUAUGAGAACCUGGCCUCCAAAAACAUCCAGGAGUCUGAGGAGUGGUACAAAUCCAAG